AUGGGACUAUCAUCCUUGCUCAAAAUUUUGCCGAAGCCCUGAGAAAAGGGAAAAAGGUGAGACAAAUGUUUGAUGAGGAAAUUGCGAAUGAUAAAAAGAACAUGAAAUUUCUUGAAGAUGUCGCAAAACUAGCAGCUGAAUGCUUGAAAAUGGAGGAUAAAAUGCGUCCAGAAAUGGUUGAAGUCGCGGACAGACUUAGGACAAUUAGAAAGGCCUACCGCCACCACAAGGGCAUAAAUGCUACAGGUAGCAACUCUGGACUUCCUAAAAGUGGAAAGGCAGAGGACGUGAUACCAUUAGUGGUACCAUCCAUUUCCAUGGAUAAACUGAAGGAAGUAACCAGGAACUUUAGCAUUGAUGCUCUAAUAGGACAGAGCUUACAGAUUAAAUUCUUUUUUGGAGUGCUGAAAGAUGGACGUAAAUCCAUGAUCAUGAAGAUUAGGCCUACUACAGAAAUUGUUUUGGAGGUUCCGGUGGUCUCAAGAUUCAGACAUGAGAAUGUUCUCCAGCUUCUCGGACACUGUGUUGAAGGAGACAACCGGGUUCUUGCUUGCGAGUACGCAUCCAGGGGAUCCUUGCAAGAUAUUCUUCAUGGUAAAAGCAAUGUUUCGGGAGCUGAACGAGGACCUGUUCUAUCAUGGACGCAACGCAUGAGGAUUGCCAUGGAUGCUGCAGCUGGGCUUGAGUUCCUCCACGAGAAAGCACAGCCUUGCAUAAUCCACAGUUGCAUCAGGUCCAGCAACAUAUUUCUCUUUGACAGGGACGUUGCAAAGAUUGGUUGGCCUGGUGUUUCCAGACAGGCUAACUACUGCACAGAAGCUGUCUGUUUUGUUUCUCGUGGUUAUGACGCGCCUGAGACUGUAACGGGCGGUCAACAUUCUACGAUGAGCGAUGUCCACAGCUUCGGGGUUGUCCUGCUAGAACUUUUAACCGGUCGAAAGGAACUUGAUU